CGACCACCACCGCCCGCACAGCUCAGGCCUGCAGGGACCCUCAGUGGGGAGGACGAGAACCGCACAGGCGCAGUGGAGCACAGCUCGUCGAGGACAGGCGUGGCAUUGAAUAUCCGGGGCGAGCCGACUGCGCGGGAAGUCGGAGGAGGGGAUCGGCGAUCGCGAUUUGUUGCAGACGGCACCGAGGCUCGCAGACCACUCGGGUGUGACAACGCCGUUCGUUUUCGCCCUUGCUUUUCGAAAAUUGGUUACGGACGACAAGGGUGACCCGACGCGGAACGUGGGCGCUGCGUGUCCCAACUCGUCCAGACCCCCGGGCAGCGCAAAAUUUGCGCCCGACGCUGUGACAGGCCACACAAGGGGCACAACGUCAAUCGCAGCAGCAACAGCAGCAGCAGGGGCAGCCCCAGCAGCCGCAACCCACAAACGCACAGGCGGCGGCGGCGGCUCACCACCACCACUCCUCCCAGCACACCCCGACUCACUAUCCGAAGCCUUCGUACGCGCACCAUCCCCAGCUGCACCACUCGCAGAUCCCCAUCAAGGUCGAGGAGUCCGCAGACCUACCCCCGGUGUCCUCGCUCACCGGGUACGACCACCACCACGUAAAGUCCUCUUCUCUCCCCAUCUUCCGCUUCGGUACGGAGUUCGGCUCGAGCGCGUCCCCCACGAGCCCCUCUACGCCCUUCACCUUCAUGUCGCACCAAAACUGGCCGACCUCCGGCUCCGGCUCCGCGUCCUCCUCGUACGCGCACCAGCAGCACCACGCGCACGCACACCCGCACUCGCAGCAACAGUAUGCCGCGGCCGUCGACCGGUACGCCCUGCCGUCGCCCGUGAAUGGCCAGAACGACCAGCACGCGCUCUCGCUCGCGGACGACUACGACGACGAGGGCGGGGACGAGCUCGGGGACCUCCCCGGGGCGUCCAUGGGCGGGAUGGGUCUGCCGUACAGCGCGGGCGGAUCUAGCCUGAGCGCGAAGGCGGCCGCGGAGAAGCAGAUCCGGAGGCGCAGCAGCAAGGCGUGCGACCAGUGCCGGAAGAGCAAGUGCAAGUGCGAGCGGAGCAGCCCUCAGGAACCCUGCAGGAACUGUGUCAUGUUGGGCACACAAUGUACCUUCCUCGGUCCUUCGCGCAAGCGAGGACCUCCAAAGGGCUACAUCGACGCCAUCGAGGCGCGCCUACACCAAACUGAAGCGCUCAUUGGAAUACUCUUGAGCAGCAAAGAUAGCCGGGCGAAGUCCGUGCUCGACGAUCUUGCGGAGGACCCACUCGCGAAAGAAAUCAUUAGCAGGGUGGAUAACUCGCCCUACGGCUUCAAGGGCCGAAGUCGCGGAGUCGAAGCGCCCACGAGCCGUACGAGACCACCGCAGGACCAGCGCGACGGUGACGGCAACUCCGUGCAUGCGACUCACCCGUCGAACGAAUGGCAGGACCAAGUAAUCAAUCGACUGAACUCGCUAGCGGCAGCCCGAAACACGCUCCUCCCGGAGGACCAAGUCGCGUCCGGUGCCCAUGCGCCGGGGGCCGACGACCUCGGAUACCCGGAGGACCAGCAGGGUUCGCGGCCGUCCACCGCGCACACCGCGCCUCCGGGCUCAUCCUCGGGCAAGCCCGAGCCUAAGACGCAAUCCCAAACGUCAGCCGGUGAGCCACGCAGACAGCGCCGGCGACUGGACGAGCUCGGCGAGCACGACGGCGCGCAGCGCUCGCCGUCGACCGCGUCGUCGCACUCGCCGAUGCGGCGGGCCGCGGCGGAUGAGAGUGUGGAGGAGACGGAGGAGAGCGGCGAGGGCGAGGACGAGAUCGCGGUCGCGAUCGGGCAGUUGAGCAUCAACGAGGACGAGCAGGUGCGCUUCCACGGGAAGGCGAGUGGGCUGCAUAUGCUUGGGGUGAAGGAACGUCAGGAUGGGCGCAAUGAGGGCGGUAUCUGGCGUUUCCCGAAGGCGCGUGUCUGGCCGCCGCUCCCGCCUGCUGUUCGCAACAGCCAGCGGAGGGCCGCGGACGAGUUCGCGCCGAGGCUGCCGGAUGUGCCGACGCAGGAGUUGUUGCUUGACUUGUACUUCACGUAUGUGCACCCAGCGCUGCCGAUCGUGCACAAGCGGACCUUCUUGGACGACUUCCGGAACGGCAACAUGUGUGCUGACUCGCCAUACUCUGGAGAGUCUGGAUACUCAGACGCUGCGUCGCCUAUAUCCGCGUCGUCUCCCCUUGGCUCGCGGAAGCGACGCGUCCCUACGCUCCUCCUGCUCGCCAUGUUCUCUCUUGCCGCUCGUUACUCCUCGCACACAGCCGAACUACCCCCACCAGAGGAUGGCUCGAUGUGGACGGCGGGUGACGAGUACAUGGAGGACGCCAAGGUCAUCCUCGACCGCACCUACGCGGCGAGUCGGCCGAGCACCUGCCAAGCGCUGCUCCUGCUAGGGUACCGUGAGGUUGGGAUCGGUGCGAUGGCGCAGGCGUGGCUCUACGUCGGAAUGGCCGUGCGCAUGGCGCAGGACCUCGGGCUGCACAAGAGCGCGGAGAAGUGGACGACCGUUGGACGUGCCCUGUUCUCGCGCGCGGAGCUGCAGGAGCGGCGCCGGAUCUGGUACGGGUGCGUGAUCAUGGACAAGUACGUGUGCACGUACAUCGGGCGACCGGUUGCGAUCUGCGAGCGGGACUUCGACACGGAGCUCCCGCUGGACGACGAGUCGGAGGAGAUGGAGCGCUGGCGGCCGCACACGGCGCCGCCGGUCAUCGAUGACCCGGCGGAGAGCCGUCGCGACGAGCUUCCCGCUACCCCUGGGCGCAUUCUCUCGUGCUUCAACGAGCGCGCCAAGCUUUCCGUUAUUCUGAGUCAGAUAUGCCAAAGCAUCUACGCGAUCAAGCCCCCAGCCAGUCGGCCGGCAGAGCUCGUGCGACUCGACAACAUGCUGACGAAGUGGUCGCUGGAUCUCCCAGAGCAUUUGCGCUUCGACCCGGCCGCCCCCAAGUCGCCCCCUCCCACACCGAACAUCCUCACGCUCCAUAUGCAGUACUGGUGCACCGUGCUGCUGCUCCACAGACCCUUCAUCCAACACAUCCAGGACUCCACCAAGCCGAUGUCGCCGAGUGCCUCCUCCGCGAAGGAAGCUGAGAUCCGCGCAAAUUCCCGCCAGCACUACGACAUGUGCGUGCAGGCGGCGAACCACAUCACGCUGAUCGUGUCCUUGUACGGCGAGUAUUACAGCCCCAGCCGCGCGUCCGUGUUCCUUUGUUACUACAUCUUCACGGCGGCGAUCAUGCACGUUGCGACACUGCGGACGUACCCCGACGACCCCCAGGCGCGUCUCGGCCUGCAGAAAUGCAUGGAGGUCCUGCAGCGCAUGCGUGUCAUCUGGCCCAGCGCAUGGCGCGCGCUCGAGCUUCUCCACGGUGCAAAGGCACAGCUGGAGCGGCCGACGGCCGACGCCCCACCCUCGCGCGGCCCGAUUCCUUCGCCUCGGAACAAGCGUUCGGCGGAGGAACCCAUCGAGGAGGAAGUCGAGGAGGUGCCGGAGCGCUCGCGCAGCACCGUGUCCCAGGACUCGGUCGUGUACCGGCAGGCGGCGAGCUACCCGGUCGCGACCUCCCCAGGCCAGAGCCACAGCCAGGGCCAGGCGAGCCACGCCCCCGCCGGCCAGGGGUACGCGCUGCCGAUGGACCUGCCGCAGGGCGGGCCGUCGCCGUACAUGCCGCCGUCGUACGACCGCUGGGCGGCGGACACGUCUGCGCUCUCGAACUUCAGCGGGAGCCUGUCGACGAGCGUGCUCCCGCAGCAGUACAGCACGGGGCUCGUCGACGAGCGCAUGGGGAGCAGUCUGGGACGGAGCGCGGAGCGCCAGAGCGCGCGGUACCCGCAGUACUGGAACGACUACUCGGCGCUGGGGCAGAUGGAGACGACGUAUGGGGUGCCGGUGAUGGGUGAGAUGGUGUCGCCGCACGGGGGCGCGCAGCAGGGCGACGCGCCGUCGAUGUACGUGCCGGACCAGUACUCCAUGUUUGGAAACAUGCCGCCCUCGAGCCAGCAAUAACCGGACGAUGACGAACGUUCUCGGACCUCGGACGUGUUAAGAUCCACGACAACGACGCGACGCGCGACCGCGCGCGGUUAAUUUGUAUCCCUCGCUUACUAGCUGCUCUGCCUCUCUCUCUCUCUCGCCCUCGAUUCUCUGUCUGUGCGUUCGCGCGAAGCCUUCUUCUCUGUAAUAGCUGUCGCCGUUGCAACAUGUUGUAUCCCGUAGCUUUCUCCCCGAGACAAGUACCCCGUGCCACCUAUACGUAGACCACGCCGCCCACAAUGUAAUCCUAAUACCAAGCAC